UUCCAUGCCCAGCUGGCGUAUUGUAUUGUACAGUUCCUAGAGAAAGAUCCAACACUAACAGAACCAGUUAUCAGAGGUCUCCUGAGAUUCUGGCCAAAAACCUGCAGUCAAAAAGAGGUGAUGUUCCUGGGGGAGCUGGAGGAGAUCCUGGACGUGAUCGAACCCACGCAGUUCGUGAAGAUCCAGGAGCCGCUCUUCAAACAGAUCUCCAGAUGUGUGUCCAGCCCGCACUUCCAGGUAGCGGAGCGAGCGCUUUACUACUGGAACAACGAGUACAUCAUGAGUCUGAUUGAGGAGAACUCCAACGUUAUUCUGCCCAUCAUGUUCGCCAGCCUUUACCGGAUCUCAAAAGAGCACUGGAACCCGGCGAUUGUAGCUCUAGUCUACAAUGUGUUGAAAGCCUUCAUGGAGAUGAACAGCGCUUUGUUUGAUGAACUCACAGCCACCUAUAAAUCAGACCGCCAGAGAGAGAAGAAGAAGGAGAAGGAGAGAGACGAGCUCUGGAAGAAGCUGGAAGAUUUGGAGUUGAAGCGAGGCCUGCGUAGCGACGGGAUAAUUCCCACUUAACGACGCGCCACUGGACCCCCCCUACCCCGCCCCGCCCCUCCCUCGCCCCUCCCUCGCCGCUCUCGGCCCCUCCCACCGCGGUGCAAGAUUCCGGGCAUGGGCGGGGCCUCUGGAGGGACACGCCUCCCUCCUCUCUGUAUCGUGCCACUCCCUCUACAGUAGAUCCCCGACGUCUGUCUCUUCAUUUCAACAGGACUGUAAAUAACUUUAUUUUUCUUUCUUUUAUUUUUUCCCUUCAAAAAUGAUAUUACGCUGAAAAGAAAAAGAAAAUAAGUAAAAAUGGAAGAGAAGCGUAGAUAAAAGUUGUAUAACGCUGUAAAGGAGAAACGGACUUUGGAACACCAGUAGGACUCCCAGUGAACUGCGUCCGCUUGUGGGGAGGAAUCACCAAUCAAUCACCAAUCAAUCACCAAUCAAUAAACCAGACAGAGAGGAGCCAGCCUGGAGCCCCGCCCCGCCCCCAUCCCUCCCCUGGACUCUGCCUGUGUGUGUGUGUGUGUGUGUGUGUGUGUGUGUGUGUGUGUGUGUGUGUGUGUGUGUGUGUGUGUGUGUGUGUGAGGGCGGGGCGUUGCGGGGCCCGGUUGUCGUCGGUGAAGAGGCCUCUCCUGCUGUCUGCGCUCAAGGGCGCCACCGUGUGGAGCUCUGGUGAAAUCACAGGACAUUUUUAAUGAAACUAGGGGUUGGGUUAAGGUUAACCCCUUCUGGUCCUUUAGGAUUUUUAGAGGCAGAAACCAGAGUACCUGAACAAGCAGGUACACACACACACACACACACACACACACACACACACACACACACACACACACACACACACACACUCUGUCAGCAUUUUAGUUUGUCCAUGAGGCCAUGUGUCUUUGUUUUAUGUACCUGAACCCCAUGGUCACUGUAAGGAUUCUGAUUGGUUGAGUGCUUCUGACUUCAAUUGUGGAGCGAAUCACAUGAACAGCCCUUCAAUCUAGCCCCUCCCCCCUGCAGAGUCACUAUGGCAACAGCACCCGGAAGAACGCAGUUCCAGCAUGUAACGAGAGAGGCUUGUGUGGUGAGAAGGGCCAUCACUCACACACACACACACACAUAUACACACACACACUCUUAAACAGAGACACACACACACACACACGGUCUGUUGAGUGUGUGUGUGUGUGUGUGUGUGUGUGUGUGUGUUCCUUCCAGUGUUAAGUACCUGUAUAUUGUAAUGCAGUACAUUGCUAUCUUGUAUCUUGUAGAACCUUUAGCAUAUAUUCUCCUGAGGAGUUGGGCUGGCGCCCCCUGCAGGCCUUUUCCCUCUUCCCUCUUCUCUUCUCUUCCUUUCUUUGGUUUUUAUUUUUCAUUUGGGAUGACGUUCCUUUAGACUAUUAUUAGUUCUGUUUAGUUGCAGCGUUAGGGAGGGGAAGAGAGGGCGGCGGCGGAGGAGGACUGGGCACCCUGAUCAGAUCAUACUUCCUGUUUCCUGCGUUGAGACUCUGCUAUAGAAAGGCCCACAUCUGAUCUGAGAACAGACGAGAAAAAAAAGGGUUGGAAAAAUACAAAUGUUUAAUUAUUUUAAAAAAAAUAAAGAGAUAUUAAAUUAAACCUGUUUUGUGAUAAA